UUUUGAUCCAAAGAAACUGUACUGAACAUGGCUGGUCCCCCCAUUCCCCGUCGUAUUUUAAAGCUUGCUUAUUUAACAGCAGCUACGACACAGACGAAAAGGCAAGUAAAGGGUUCGGGCUGAGUGGGCACAUUAUAGCGAUAAGGUCCAUUUAAACGGACUAUCCAGAUGAUUGGGUAUAUUUUCAAGAUGAAAGAUCGACUUUCAUAAAACUUAUCAGCGUUCCAGAGUGCAUGGGCAAAUAACCAAGUUAAACGCAUUGAUUCUCAGAGUCCUGAGUUGCGAAGGACAGAUUUGAAGGAUGAACGCUCAGACUGCAUCCUACAUACUAAUCUUUCAUAAAAAUACAAAAUACAAUACUAUCGGAGCACAAAAAUUACGCUAAAACUAAGAAUGUAAACCUUAUUUAUAAAUAUAAAAAAAUACAGUUUGGUACGUAGGAAAAGCUUGAUUACAUUUUGGAGAUGGUGGGGAAAUUAUUACCGAUGCUAAGAAAAUUGGAAGAUCAUUCGUGGAGGACUGACUAGCAGGAGGCAGAGGAUGUGGAAAAUUUGAAGAGACAGAUGAUUCGGACGUUGGAAAAGACUGCUUUCUAUAUGCUGAUGGUCGUGAGAGAGUGUAGAAAGUGAAAUGAUUAAUAAAUAGGACAGUAGAGAAAAAAAAAUCACCAACAUUAAAGGGAAACGGACACUUUAUUCUCUGUGCUGACUGGUAGGUGCUAAUGACAGAGCUUUUAAUAAUGAUUGACAGGGAGUUCAGAUGGAGGUGCCCAGCUGUAGGUUGGUUACUAAAUAAUAGCAAACUCAAGGUACAGAUGCACUUAGAGUUGAACAAUGCACAAAUGUUGCAUAUGGUAAAUAUACAAAUGGUGAAAUAACUGUAUAAAAUAAUGCAGGACUAUCAAAACAAUCUUUUUUUUUUUUUUUGGAGUUGUUUUGCUGCUAUAAAGACCAAAACAUACUCAAAAAAAAAAAAUACAGAUUAGGGGACACAGGAGGCAGCAUGACUACUUCAUCUCAUUGAAGUGGUUAAGUGGUUAUAGUGUCUGGAGACCCCUGGAGCUCUACUGCCAUUCAGCAUUAAACUGUUUUUAAAGUUUUAAUGCUAAACAAGUGUCCUCAGCAACUCAUUCCCUCUGUACUGCUUGGGCUAAUGAGGAAGCAUUAGUCUGAGCAGCACUGGGUGGCUUUGAUUGGCUGAGAGUGUCAGCUGACCACAGUUAGCCUAUCACCGUGUCUUUGCAGGUAUGAAUCGGUAUGGCUACAAGGAAGUGUUUAAACGCUGCCUUAGCCACACCUCAAACAGGGGUGGAGCUAUUAGAAGUGCUGAACCCUCAUUCAGUGUUCAACUGCUUGAAAAUGGUUUAUUACUAAAUAGAAGGGGUCUCCAGGCACUACAAACAAUUCAAUGAGAUGAAAUGGUUAUAGUGCCUACAGUGUCCCUUUAAGGGAAUAGCGCACACAUGGCCAUCCUAUUACCUUCUACCAGGUGCCGGAUUAACAUAGGGGCUGAUGGAGCUAUGCAGCUCCAGGCCCAGGCCCAGGCCCAUGGAAUAGGCCCAUUUAAAAAAAUUUUUAACUUUUAAUUUUUCUCAGUAUAAACGGAGAUUACCCUGCAAUACCAGCACCAGCCAGUAGGGGUCACUGUGUGUGGACAGAGGCAGUGAUAGGAAGUUACAGCAUAUCCCUCCCUGCCUCUCUCUUCUCACUGAUCCGCAAGGGAGCAGCUACACAGCACAGAGUUCAGAGAGCAGCUCCCAGCCUGGAGAGACAGCCUACAGCUCAGGGAAGUGAAGGAUGGGGGGGAAAGGCAGCAGGGAAACAUGGGGACACUGAGACACUAGGGGACACUGUGAGACAUGGGGAUGCUGAGACACAUUGGGAUGCUGUGAGACAUAGGGACAUUGGGAAAUCCAUUGGGACACGGAGACACUAGCGACACAGUGUCUCCAUGUCUCCCAGCGUCCCCAUGUCUCCCAGCCAGUGUCCCUAGUGUCUCAGUGUCCCCAUGGCUCCUAGUCUCCCAGUGUCUGUUUACCCAAGUCUCUCAGGGUCCCCAUGGCACCCAGUGUCCCCAAAUAUCUGUGUCCACAUGUCUCCCAGCCAGUGUCCAUAGUGUCUCAGUGUCCCCAUGUCUCUCAGUGUCCCUAGUGUCUGUGUCCCCAUGUCUCAGUGUCUCUAGUGUCCCCAUGUCUCCUAGUGUCCCCAAAUUUUUCAGUGUCCCCAUGUCUAUGUCCACAAGUGCCCCCAUGUCUCCCAGUCCCCAUGCCUCCGAGCCACUGUCCCUAGUGUCUCAGUGUCCCCAUGUCUCCUAAUCUCCCAGUGUAUGUUCCCAUGUCUCUGUGUCCCUAGUGUCCCCAAAUAUCUGUGUCCCCAUGUCUCCCAGUGUCCCCAAGUGUCUCAGUGUCCCCGGGUAUCCUAGUGACACGGUAAACACUGAGACAUGGGGACACGGGGAGAAAUGAGGACACAGACACUGGGAGACUAGGGGACUGGGUGACAUGGGGACACUGACACUGUGAUACAUAGGGACACUGAUGCCUGACUGGCCUUCCAAUUCUUUGGACAGACAUACCCCCUUUUUGGGCAUGUUCUCCCCUUUUGGCAGGUUACGUGAUUUGUGUCAGUGGCACACCCUUUUACCCCGCCCAUUGACUUCCUGCUUCACUGGACACUGCUGUUAGGGGAUAUGGAUUUACUUAAAAGAUUAAAGCAUAAAUUAGAGAGAGAUUAGCAUAGAGUAUGUGUUUUCUUAUAGCUGCAUCCUAUGAGUUUCCCUCCAACACCAUCUCCAUCAGAUACAUGACGCUUGGGAGGUAUGACUGUUUUAGUGUUUUUGAUUGAUAAGAUUCUGUAAUUAAGCCCCAUCAUAAUUGUCAGCACCAGGCCCACUGUGCUCUUAUUCUGGCCCUGCCUUCUACCCCUUACUUAAUUACCACCUACAAGAAGAUACCUACCAAAAGUCAUUCCAUGGAGAAAAUGUCACGUUCAUAGAAAAUUAUGUACAUUUUCUUAUGAAUGGGGAGCUACUGAGUGGCUUAGAGCAUCAGCUGACUACUCUUGCCAAUCAGAGGGGCCUCUGCACGGCGGCACUCCACGCUUCCUGAAAUUUCAGAAGACAAACGCUGCUGGGGGAACUGCAGAUCCAGCACCGGAGGCAACAUUUGUGGUUAAACCAUUCGAGAAAGCUCACUGGGACCUCCUGGCACCAAAUGGUAACUGAAGUGUUCUUUUAAUUUUAGGCCUGGCUAAUGUGCUCACUACACAACAACGGGGUUCCUCUGAGUAUAUAUCUUUAGGUUGUCACGGUUUUUUAAAUCAGUUUCUCAAAUAUUUACACGUUGUAUAUUAUAAAUUCCAGUAAUAUAAACUUGUUCGCUUUUAUCACUUUUAAUCAUGUAAAAGAAUACAAAUACAAUGGAUUUCAAGAGAUCUCUCAUUUCCAUGGAUAAAAGCAAUUUUUCUAAAUGAGUUUAAGAUUGGUGUUAACUCACAAGUACUUAUAAUUGGAAUUUUGUGACCUUAAUCGACAUUCUGCUUUUACAGAAAGGCCAUUUUCAUGCUGUGAAAAUCCUGUACACUUGUGGAUAUGCCGCAUCGCUAUCCGCCCUUGUAACCGCAAUCAUAAUCUUCUCUCUCUUUAGGUAAGUGUGGCAGUAAAAUAAGAGCUGCUGAAUGAUUCCUGAAAAUGUAUUCAUGUACCUCUGGGGUUGUGUUUAAAAUGAAUCUGUCAUGCCAGGUUCACGUUUCAAUAUUCACAUUCAAUUUCCUUUCUGAAUUACAUUAAAGGGAUUCUUUAGUGCCGAAAUGUUCUUCUGUUGUAGUAAUCUCUACACCCCUCUGUCUGGUGUUUAAAAUGUUAAGUGUAAUAAUGAUUUUUUAUUUAUUUUUUGGUAUUUCAGACAUGUACCUGCCUUGUGUGGUUUUGUUAGUGUUUUUUAUUUCAGGCCAUGGUACUUUAGUCAUCAUAAAUAUAUCUUGCAGUCUUAAAUGUGCUCACUGUGACUCCCCUCCCGUCCCCCGACCCACAUAUUCCCCUUCCCCCCUGCCCCCUGGAUCCUUAUAGAUUAGUUAUAUAUUCUAUUCUAUCAUUUUACUUAAUACCUUUCUUUGGAAAGAGAGAGAGAGACUCUUGUGCUCAGUGUAUUUUAAUUAUUUUACUAUUCUGUUUUUUUGUUUGUUUAUUGUCUGCCCAAAUGGGGGUUGCGAUUUUGUAUUUCCUCCCUCCUCGUUUCUGGUCCUCGGCUCUUUCAUCUGAGCCAAGUUAUUUAGGAAGAGACACUUGUGUUAUCUGGACUGGAAACUGGGGCUGUAAUAAUGAUUUCUUGACUCGUUUCUAGCGCCGAAUGACCUCCGCCGCGGUAAACCACUAUGUGGUAUGUUUAGAAUGAACAUACAUACUUACAAACUGUACGUUUAUGACCCUAUAUAUUGCUUGUCCCUUCUAAAUAUAUAGGCAUUGUAUGAUAUGGGUAUAAAACAGGAUGGGAGGGUUAUGGCCUUAUAGAUGGAUGAUGUCGCAAUGGGAGGGGGAAAGGAGAAUAGAAAAUGUAAACGUGGCAAAAAGACCAAGAACAAUUGUGGGAGGAAUACUGAGCAAACAGUGAAAGGCUUUACAAAAAACCCCAAAAGAAUUGGAAAUGCAAAAUUACUUAAAAUAAAAAUAGAAUAGAAAAAAAAUGUAAUAUAAAGCCUCAGCGUGCUAUAACCUGGACAGAAAUAUACAGACAUAGAUAUUAAUUAACACAAACAGAGUGGAAUUGAAAUAAAAGACUUUCAGGAUGGAGUAUGCUACACAGGAGUGUUUAUAUACGGCUCCCAAAACCAGAAUCAUUGACACAGAAACACGGCCAUAUUAUUUACUAAAAUUAAAAUUCAGAUUGAAUUUCAAAUUUAAGGCUAGGGUAGCUGUACAGAAAGCAUAGAUGGCUGUUUUACCUUAAAUUUGAAAUUCACUUGGAAUUCUCACGUUAGUAAAUAACACUAUUUUAGUUUGCAGUAUUCUAGAAUUUCCACUCUUCAGAACACGAAUGAGUAAAAUGUGGAAAAGGCACCAUCUAGUGGGCAAUCUAUUUUGUUUGUUUGUUUUUGCAGAAAAUUCCAAAUAAAGGCUUGGUCAGUUUUUGGUCAGACACCUACACUUAUAAUCAAAAUUUUUCAACCCUCAUUUAAAAUUAAAUUUAUUGUCAAAAUUUACAGACUUUCAACUUUUUGCAAUCAGCAAAUCAAACAAAAGCAAUUGAAAUAGCUCAACACAAGGAAUGCUUGAAGUGGUUUCCCCAUAUUCAACUGAAAAUGCAACUUAUAAUGCGUUAAAGAUAAAUUCUCCAGUCACAAAAUGAUUCAACGCCAUGAAUUGAAUCCCAGCACAAAUAUGCAAAACAAGUGUUGUCUCAAGCAAACCUGAUGCAACUUAUCAAGGGCUUCAUUAGUUGCACCAUGUGUGCUUGAUGUGAAACACUUAAAAUACCUGAACUGACAAGGGGUUUGAUGAGUGUCAUGUUUGACUGCAUGUUAGAAAUACGGCUUAAAAGAAUGGCCCACAAAGUUAAGAGAAGAGAUCAUCGUCAUUCACAAACACGGAACAGGAUACAAAAAGAUAGUGAAGGCACUGAUUGUUCUUAGAGACACUGAGGGAAGCAUAGUUUGCCAGUUCAAAGUUGAAGGAACAGUGGUUGCACUGCCUGGACGGGGCAUAAAAAGAAGCUAUCAAUGGCUGCAACCAAAUUUCUGAGAAGGCAGGUUGUGAAAAACCCUCGAGUGACUGCAAAAGACCUUCAGCAAGACUUGAUGGCAACAGGCCCUGAGGUUUCAGUGAGCAAAAUAAGGCGCAGACUGACCCAAAAGCACAAGAAAAGUUGGUUCCAAUAUGCUUAAAAUCAUAUAAAGAAGCCACAGAAGUUUGGAUGUUGAGAAAGCACCAGGUGGGGUGCAAAACGUGUCCAGAGUGUCAGGGUGUCACCCAUUUUCUGGGUGGUCUUCUUAGGUGGUCUCUUCUCUGAACAGUAGCUGCAAGUAUUUCAAUCAAUCAGUAUUUAUAUAUUUUUUCUUUGGAUACUGUUAUUUUACACACUUGAUACUUAUGUACAUAAAUGUACACAUUUUGUAGAUAUUGGAACUAGAGGACUACUGUUACAGUGUGAUACCAUGUGUAUUUAUUUCUAUUACUUUUUUCAAUAAAUGUGCUACUUUUUCAUUACCUUUUUUUUCAUUUGUGGAGUGUUUGGAUUUACCAAUGUUUGCAGACUGCUGUGGUUUUUUUUUCUGGUUAUAUUUUUGUAUAUUUGGGAAGAGUCCAGCACCGAGGAGUUAAUUCUAAUUCCUAUUAGUCCUGAUUCAGCCUCUCAGUCAGAUUUAUUAUUUUUGGAGCUGCGGCAAGCCUUCUUGAGUGAGGGAUCCCAAAUCACCAAAUUUAUAAAAAUAACCAAACUGGAAACAUUCUCUGACUUGGCAAUGCUGUCAGUUUGACUACCCUGGCCUUAAAUAUGAAAUUCACUUUAGUAAAUAACUGUGUUGGUCUCAUUUUUAGUUUUAGUAAAAUCCACUGGAUAAAAGGGUGCAAAAAAUGAGCCCACCGCCGUAUUGCAUAAUAUAUAUUUACAUAUUUUCACCUUUUAAUGAGGCUAAUUUUGGUUAGCAUUCGGCCGAAUCCCAACCAAACAGAAUCAUAUUUCACCUUUCAAAUUCAGUUGAUAUAUGCAUUUUUGGGCCUUCGAUUGCGUAUUUUAAGCAUUAUGUCCGGCUGACCCCUGGUAUAUUUCUUUAUUUGUGUGAUGUCUUUCUUUUUUUCUCCUCUAACCAUCUAUCAGCUCUUUUUUUGGCGCCAUGGACAGAAACUUUUAAUCGCACAGUAAACUAGCCUAUUCGCCCACAGUCUGUCAUUUUUUUUUUUUGGUUGCUACAUCCAUGGACACUUUAGAGUUAUGGAACUUGUACACAUUCACGAACAGCAAAAACUUGUAUUUAUAGCAAUCAAGGAGAUGUAGUCCACAACAUCAUGAGUGCCGAAGGUUGCCUAUCCCUGUAUAUAAUUAGUAUGUGUGAUGUGGAUGUUGAGGUGUUAGGUGAGAUGCAGGGUGAGAUGAUUAACUGAUGUCAAUGGAGCCAUGUAAAAUAGUUUGCAUCAUUUAGGCACGCGUAGCCAUCUGUAAAUGCUUCCUCAUGCUGUGCAGGUCAUACAGAUCCAAAUAUAUCAUUUGCACAGUUUGAGCUAAACCAUCCACACAGAGAUUACAAAAUCUGUGCGCAAGAAAUGGAUAUUUGUUUGUGUUUGUGCCCCUGGUCAAAAACAGCCAGUCCUCUGCUGUCAAACUACAUUCAGUACGUUUUCUCUAACCAUUUUCACUCCUGACAAAUGACAAUCUACAUCACGUUUGCAAGAUAGAAUGUUUGUGCUGCUCUGAAAAGCAAUGUCUUCAUUUAACCAAAGCCCUAAUUUUAAAUGAACAGAGUCUUUAAUUUGAAAAUAAGGAUUCUAGACUCUUAUUUCCUACGGCUGUUCAUUCCUUGGAAUAUUUUAGUAAAAUGUCACGUCUCUUCUCUGUCUCUCCCUGUGGUACCUCAUGCAGACACUUAUUCCAGGACUGUGAUUUUACAUUAGUUUGCUAUAAUAUAUGUGAAGUCUCCGGUGUAUUGAGUAAUGAGCUUAGGGCUUGCAUUCAGACUUUUGGGCCAGAUCAUUGAUGAGAACAUCAUGUUCCCUGGAAUUCUGUAAUGAAUAUCACCGGCUCUUGAAAUCCAAAUAUAGAUCAUUCUUUAUUACCAGGCAUAGUUUGAAGGAAAUAACUAUCUAUAUGGUGUAUGACUGUUGUCAUCGGGACUUCAAGGGCAGAUGGGCGCCCUGACAUCAUGUAGUGACUCAACAUGACCCAAAGCAGAAACCACCUGCCCAAACGAACUGAUUCAUUUGUCUUAUCAUCUACAUUCAAGGAUUUAUAAAUAGGCAGAUUAAGGCCCAAAGUCAAGUUCAUAUAAUAGUCUAGUCUGACAUGAUAGGAGAACAUUGUCAAAAUAAGGGAACAAAGUUUAGAAUUGCACAGCCGCACCAGCCCAGGACGUGCAGUUGCCAGGAGACCGUCAUGAGUGGAGCGCACUGCACAGUGCUCUCCUUCUGCCACUCUCUGUAUGUAGCGUGGGUGACCGGACCAUGGUAUGACAGAAAGUGCUCACUGAGAGGGCACUUCCUGUCAGACCGGGUACCGCGGUCCUCCCACGGAGCUGAACAGGUACAGGGAGUGGGGGAGAGACACGAGGGGCUGUGAGGAGUGAGAGAGACACAUGGAAGAGCUGGUGGAUGGGAGAGACACAUGGAAUAGCUGGGAGGUGGGAGGCACAUGGAAGGGCUGGGAGAGACACAUGGAAAGACAGGGGGGGAAUGAGACACGUGGUGUGGUUGGGGAAGUGAGACACAUGGGGGACCCCAGUACAAUUUUUACACAGGGCCCUGUGGUUUCUAGUUACGCCUCUGCCUGUAGUCCUUACUUGGUCAGAGGAAAUAAAGAAAUGAAUUGUAAUAAACCUGGUCUUGAGCUUGCUGGCACCGCAUCUCUCUAGACCACUGAGUCCUUUUAGUCCAGAAUUUAGAUAAAUUCCAGAUCUGUUCCAGUGGGUGACACGGACAAAGUUGGAUCUUGAGGGUGAAACCCACUUAUCUAGUGGGUCCUGACAGACUACAGGGAAUCAUGUGAAAGGCAUUUUACCUGCACACUUUCUAAAAUCUCUAGUUCUAUAAUAAAGGAAUGGAGUACUCUCUAUUUAUACCACAGUACGCUCUGUGCAUGUUUAUUUCCUUCCUUAUUUUUUUACAAAAACUCAUGUAGAAAUCUGUCUCAAUAUUUGCCUCCAAAGAUUACAAAAGUUAUACAAAGAUAAACACACAACCACAGUAUGAAAAUUGAAAAGUACAACAACAACCCAACUUGCUUUAUAUUUGCCCCAUCUCUUCUGACUGCCACGAAAGAUUACUUUGAACGUCCAUGUGGCUAUGUCUUGGUAAGAUAUUGCCAUAUACCUUUUGGACUGGCAGGUGUCAGACUCUGGCAGCGUUAUUUACUACAGUGAGAAUUGUUGGGGAAUUCAAAGGUAAAUUUCAAAUUUAGGCCCAAAAUAGCUAAACUGGGAAAAUCCUCCAAGUCAACCAAGCUUCCAGUUUGGCUUCUCUGUCCGUAAAUGAAAAAUUAUCUUUGAUUUCCUGACAAAUUCUCAUUUAAAAUAAAUAAUCCAGUCUAUACAAUAUCGGUGUGUAAUACAAGAUACACUGUGGGUUUAACCACGUAAAACCCACCACAAAAGAAACAAGUAAAAUACAGUAGUGUAGAGCGCAGAAAAUAAUAUAUAUUCUCAGUGUAUCCCAGUAAUCUUAGAUAUAAACAAUAUAUACAUCUAUCACAGAAUAGAGGGUAUGUGUAUAAAAUCCAUAUAUUGUUUAUAUCUAAAAUAAUCCAGUCUGCCUACUCCUUUACAUGUUUUGCAUAUAAUGAUUAUAACAAGCAGAGUAUGGGUUUUACUGUCUGUGUUUCUCCUCGCUGUCCCACCCUUUUGAAAACUGAUUCUUUCAUUGAAUUGCAUUGUUGAGUAACAGUAACCCUGCACCACCCACAUUGUUAUGUUCAGUGUCAUGUGUAUCUCACCGUUACGAUCUUUUCAUUAAGAUUCCUAGUAUAUCACGGAGUAAGCCCCACCUGCAGAGACAGCAUGAAUUUGUGGAUCUGCCAGGGCUGAAUAGACAGGACAUUUAAUGCUGCCACAAGGUCUAUAGGGAACGUAUCGUGAUGAUGCCAUUAUGUAACAUAUGGUCCUUAAGGGGGUUAAUUAUUUGAAAAGCCAUUCGAACUCUGAGCUGGACCGAUGAUGCACAGGAUUAACCCAUUCGUUGCUACCAUGGGCCGGCAGCAAUAGUUUAUUUAAUUUUAAAAAUGCAUAUUUAUUUGUCAGUAUUUUAAAAGGUUUGUGUUUUUUUUUUUCAACAAAAAUAAAAAUACAGUCUUUCUCAAACCGAUUUAUAAUUGCAAUUUUGUCUACCCGAUUUUGGUGAUAUACAUUUAUUUAAUUUUUUUGUAAUUGCAGGAAGCUGCACUGCCCCAGAAACUUCAUUCACAUGAACCUGUUUGUGUCUUUCAUCUUACGUGGCGUUGCUGUCUUCGUAAAAGAUGCGGUUCUUUUUGCCGAUGAAAAUAUUGAUCAUUGCACCAUGUCCACAGUAAGACCAUGGAUGGAAAACUGUAUGUAUUUUGGGAGAGACUAUAUAUUUAUACUGUACGCUACACAAGCUCUGCGCACAUCCGGGACCUAAUGAGCAUUCGUGCUGAGCACUGCAAUCGCAUUAGGACAACCCCAUGGGAAAAUAUUGAAUUAAUGCUUUCUUAUGGGGUUUUAGCUAGGACUGGUUGUUAGACCAAAAGUUGCCUAACAACCUGGAAGCACCUCUAGUGGCUGUUUGGUAGAAGAUGCAAAACCUGAGGAUUUGCUACAAAUUGAAGGCACACUCUGGAUCCCUAAGACACUUUAGCUUGCUGAAAAAAGUGUGAAGAGUCUGUCCUCUUUUUUUCAUUUUCCAAAAAGUACUGAUAUGAAUAGAAAUUGACACUUUUAUAAAUUAACCUUGUUACACACCCCUGGCUGUCAAUGAGACAACAUAUCCUGUUACUUCCUGGUUGUUUAGCUCAAUGGAGCUCAACUCCAGAGACAGCAAUUGCCCAGAGCACCUGUCUUGCAUAGACUUCUCAUUGAACUGCAUUGGGAAGUCUGUGAUUGGACAGCCACAUAAAGUCUGGGUGGGGUUAGAAGAGGAGGGCUUGUAAAGGCUGCCUACAAGAGAUCUGCAGCUUUUGCAAGCUGUUUUUUAUAUUUGUUUUUACUUGGACAUUCCUAUUCAGUAAUUUUAAAAUUGAUUUAAAAAAAGGGAUGCCAGGGUAGGGAAGAGAGAAAGUGUGGUGUGUCUCUAAAUUAAAAGAGGUUUACUUGGGAGGUAUGUUAUGACACCAGUGGGAACUUGCCUAUUGAAAUCAAGUCAUACCCAUUGGCUGCAAUAAAACUCUGUUUAACCAUCAUCACUACUAUCUCCAUAAUCCACUCGUAUUGAUCAUUUUCACUACAAGCUAACUAUAACACACUGUCUCGUUCCAGGCAAGCUGUAAAUCCAGUAUGAUAUUCUUCCAUUUCUCUGUCCUUUCAAACUUCUCCUGGUUGCUGGUAGAGGGGAUGUAUCUACACACCUUACUUACCUUGACUUUCACUUCUCAGAGGAGGUAUUUCUGGUGGUAUAUCGUUAUUGGUUGGGGUGAGUGUCAAUUUUGUUUAAAAGUAACAAAUGCAAUUAUUGUAGCCAUAGGUUUUGUUAUUAUAUUGAAUUAAUUUGUAAAUUAAAUAACACUAAAUUAGCCGGUACAGCUGGUGUAACUGCACGGUUGAGGCCCAUCAGGGACAAUUAGGGACACUCGAUGGGUAUCUCCGAUCAUGUGCCUAGCUGGGCUCUAAAAAGGUACCCAAAAUGAAUUAUCACACCAGGGCCCUCUAUACUUUAGUUCUGCCACUGAGAAGAUAGCUUAUACUGAGAAACUGAAUAAUGAAAUGGAAAUAUGACACCCCCAAAUCAUGUAAGCUGUAAUUUGCCUUAUUAUUAUUAUUAUUAUUAUUAUUAUUAUUAUUAUUAUGGCAGUUAUGUUAUUAGGUCAUAUUAUUAGGUCUUAAGUCAAGUGUGCUUUACUCAAGUAAGCCAAGUCCAAAAUUAAAUAGAAAUAACUACAGGAUACACUUCAAAACAGUAUUUGUCUUUCCAAUGUUUUCCAAAGACAGAGUUAGUGUUUGGUUCCAUUUGACCCAGGUGGUACUUUACGUGGGUUAAAAAUUGUCUCCAUAGCUUCAACAGUGCACCCAUACAGUUGCAAGAAAAAUAUGUGAACCCUUUGGAAUAAUAUGGAUUUCUGCUCAAAUUGGUCAUAAAAUGUGAUCUGAUCAUCAUCUAAGUCACAACAAUAGACAAUCACAGUCUGCUUAAACUAAUAACACACAAAGAAUGAAAUGUUGCCAUGUUUUUAUUGAACACACCAUGUAAACAUUCACAGUGCAGGUGGAAAAAGUAUGUGAACCCUUGGAUUUAAUAACUGGUUGAACCUCCUUUGGCAGCAAUAACUUCAACCAAACGUUUCCUGUAGUUGCAGAUCAGACGUGCACAACGGUCAGGAGUAAUUCUUGACCAUUUCUCUUUACAGAACUGUUUCAGUUCAGCAAUAUUCUUGAGAUGUCUGGUGUGAAUUGCUUUCUUGAGGUCAUGCCACAGCAUCUCAAUCGGGUUGAGGUCAGGACUCUGACUGGGCCACUUCAGAAGGCGUAUGUUCUUCUUUCUAAGCCAUUCUGUUGUUGAUUUACUUCUAUGCUUUGGGUCAUUGUCCUGUUGCAACACCCAUCUUCUGUUGAGCUUCAGCUGGUAGACAGAUCCGUCCAGGCCCUGACGCAACAAAGCAGCCCCAAACCAUGAUGCCCCCACCAGCAUACUUCACAGUUGGGAUGAGGUUUUGAUGUUGGUGUGCUGUGCCUUUUUUUCGCCACACAUAGUGUUGUGUGUUUCUUCCAAACAACUCAACUUUGGUUUCAUCUGUCCACAGAAUAUUUUGCCAGUACUGCUGUGGAACAUCCAGGUGCUCUCGUGCAAACUGUAAACGUGCAGCAAUGUUUUGUCUGGACAGCAGUGGCUUCCUCUGUGGGAUCCUCCCAUGAAAUCUAUUCUUGUUUAGUGUUUUACGUAUUGUAGAUUCGCUAACAGAGAUGUUAGCAUUUGCCAGUGACUUUUGUAAGUCUUCAGCUGACACUCUAGGAUUCUUCUUCACCUCAUUGAGCAGUCUAUGCUGUGCUCUUGCAGUCAUCUUUACAGGACGGCCACUCCUAGGGAGAGUAGCAGCAGUGAUGAACUUUCUCCAUUUAUAUACAAUUUGUCUUACGUGCACUGAUGAACAGCAAGGUUUUUGGAGAUACUUUUAUAACCCUUUCCAGCUUUAUGCAAGUCAACAAUUCUUAAUCGUAGGUCUUCUGAGAGCUCUUUUGUGCGAGGCAUCAUUCACAUCAGGCAAUGCUUCUUGUGAAAAGCAAACCCAGAACUGGUGUGUGGUUUUUUAUAGGGCAGGACAGCUCUAACCAACACCUCCAAUCUCAUCUCAUUGAUUGGACUCCAGUUGGCUGACAUCUCACUCCAAUUAGCUCUUGGAGAUGUCAUUAGUCUAGGUGUUCACACACUAUUUCCACCUGCACUGUAAAUGUUUACAUGGUGUGUUCAAUAAAAACAUGGCAACAUUUCAUUUUUUGUGUGUUAUUAGUUUAAGCAGACUGUGAUUGUCUAUUGUUGUGACUUAGAUGAUGAUCAGAUCACAUUUUAUGACCAAUUUGUGCAGAAAUCCAUAUCAUUCCAAAGGGUUCACAUACCUUUUCUUGCAACUUUAUGUGCAUUCACCCAUACCUCCCAACAUUCCAAAUGGACAAAGAGGGGCACUUUAAUAAGUUGUAGGGCUGUGGCUAGGGGCGGGCUGUUCGGAUAAAUUUUUGGUAACUUAUUAAUAAUAAUUUAUGGAACUAAAAUGUAAUUUAGAACAAGAACAAUGCAGACUGAUUUCUUAACAUAUUAAUUGUAGUUUAGAGACACAUUACUGUGAGUAUUAUUGCUGUGGGGCUCUGUUAUACACUCAGACACACCAACAAUAUGGAGCUCCUAAAAAAGAGGGACAUUAAAAUAGAAAAGAGGGACAGAAGGAUUUGGGCCAAAAAUAGGACCUGUUCCUUCUAAAUAGGGACACUUGGGAGGUAUGAGUUCACCUGGUGAAAUGAAGCAGUUGGCAGCUGCAACAUGCCCUCCUCUUCCUUAAAAAUGCCAACCAGCUCCCUUGUAGUACUUGAGCCUUGUUAAAUAAGACAGAUCAGGUUGUUGCCUAGGGCAUGGGAGGUCCCCCUGCCGCCUUGGAUUACAAUAUUCUGAUUAUAGACGCACAGGGCAGACCUAUAGCGAUUCUUGCUAAAUAAUGCUAAGACAAGCAGGUGCCCCUCCCUCUACCUUCCAGGUGUUACCCACCUCCUAGUUAGUCUUCACUAUUUAUACCCAUUACUAACCAUGACCACCAACCUGCUCCCUAAAGUCCCCAUAAAUAACAUGUGCCAAAAAUCUUCCCUUGUUUUAACCUUUCCACUUUUUAAUUUGCCCCUAACUAGUCAUUGCAACCAACUUGCCCCCCCCCCAGCCCCGUUUAAUCUCCAAAAAACUAACUAAGCACCAUUACCUCCCUUAUUUUUAAAACUUACUUUUUUAACCUUUGAGUGGUAGGUGCUUUGAUUGGCUCUUUCUACCUAUCUUUUCACCACUUUUUUUUUGUCCUCGCUCUUUUUUUUUUUUUUAAUGUAUUCUGUUUUUAUUGGUUAAAAGGAAAACGAGACAUGCACAGUAAAUAUUACAUCUGAAUUCACAUCGAGUACAAAGGUCCAGGUUUAUAGCAGUUUUUGAGACAUGUGGUAUUGUACACAAGAGGAAGAAGUAACAGGUACAUGCUAUACGUUCAUGAAUAAUAAUCAGUAAUCCAAAAAAACUAACAUUUAUUACGGGACAUACUAAAAGGAAUGACAAAUUGGAAUGCCCAUAGACUUUAACAAGGCAGUGGAAUGCCCAUAGAGAAUAAUGGAAGUAAAAGGAAUGCCCAUAGAGAAUAAUGGAAACAAAAUAUUUCAAUUAGAGUCAAAACUAUUAGACAUAUGAAAUAAAUAUACUCUCCAGAUUCAGCGUCAAUUUUUUAAAUGUAGAUUAGGUGGGAUUAUUAAUGUUUUCUAUGGAAUGACAAGGGUGAAUGACUAAAGAGAAUGCCCAUAGACAAUAAUAGGAAGUAAAAUAUAAACUCAUUUGCAGGGAAAUCUGUGUUACAUAGCAAAUUCAUCUUUACCACAGGUGUUCCCUAAGUACAGCAGUAGAUUGUAACAUUAAAAGUAACUGGGAUUAUAGCUCUUUUCUAUCGAAUGACAGUUAAAUGAUACAAUGGAAUGUCCAUAGACUAUAAUGGGAAGCAAUAUGUGACUUGGAAUCUGAACCGUGAAACAUAUCAAGUAAAUCUUUUGCAGGCGGGUGGGGGCCCUAAAGUAAAAUAAGGGGGGGGACCUAUUGUCCUCCCUGCCCGGCCACCACCCCUGAGGGACGGGUAGGGGCCCUAAAUUACAAUGGGGUGGAGCUACUGUCCUCCUCCCUGGCCCCCACCCCUGAGCGGUGGGUGGGGGCCCUAAAUAAGAAUGAGGAGGGGGAACCUACUGUCCUCCCCCCCGGUCUCCACCCCUGAACGGUGGGUGGGGGCCCUAAAUAAGAUUGAGGGGGGACACCUACUGUCCUCCCCCCGCCCCCCACCCCUGCACGGUGGGUGGGGGCCCUAAAUAAGAUUGAGGGUGGGGGACCUACUGUCCUCCCCCCUUGUCCCCACCCCUGCGUGGUGGGUGGGGGCCCUAAAUUACAAUGGGGGGGACCUACUGUCCUCCCCCGUGGCCCCCACCCCUGAGCGGUGGGUGCGGGCCCUAAAUAAGAAUGAGGGGGGGGAACCUACUGUCCUCCACCCCGGCCCCCAGUUCUAUGAACUCGAUGACCAAACACCGUUGAACGCGUUCGACUGUGAAAUGGAAAAAUCAAUUAAAAGUAUUGAUUAUUUCUUUGUGUAUCUGCCCCUGGCCAAAUCAAUGAAACAAUGCGUGCACGCUCCCUGAAGUAAUUCACACCAGACACAGGUUCCAGGUUGUUGAAUAACUUGAGGAAUGUUUAUUCAGAGGGGACGGCAAGUCCCUUUUAAAGCAAAAUUACAUCAUAAGCAUUGUCAGAGAUAACAUGGAAUAAUACAUCAAUAAUUGGUUAGGUGUUAAGUGGUCGCUUCAAUGCUCUGCCUACUGUAGGUGAUGUCACCGGGGCCAUGAGGGUCUCCCACGGUUUCCCGGCGCCAUCUUGGUGCACGAGGUAGUUAGUCAAUGUUAGGAAGAAGAAAGGGAGGGGAGGGGGAAGGAGCUAGAAGCUUCUAGCAGCCAUCUUGAUUAUAACAUGUGUGCUUAGAUAUAUAUAUAUAUCGUGAAAUGAGUAAAUAGACAUUUUUCACUAACUAGGAAAUAUGUGUAGACCUUAUUUCCACAACAGUCCCCCCUAAAAUGGCUAUUUACCAUAACAACUGCUACUGUCCCUAGUAUGUCCCUAGUUGCCUGCAACCUAUCUGCCUUAACUAGCAUCGAACACUUCACUCCGUGGGUAACCCGCAGUGGCUAGUCCACUACAUCUCCACACGUGAGACUCGCCAGUUAAGACAGACACUUUCCCUAUACUGUCCCUAUAGGAAAGCAGUUGUUUGUUUGAACUGAUGUGAUUGAAGGGGUGUAUGUGGAGUAUCAUCUUCGAGGUCUGUGAUGUCUUGGUGUAUGAAAGUAGGGGUCACGUCAUCUAUAGUCUUGUCCACCGCUUUCUGUAAAUACUUCUGUAUGCAGGGGAAUAUGCAACAGGUCAGAAAUAAGAAAAUAACGAUCAUUAUGAGAACAGCUGUCCCCACCUGGAAGAGGGUCCUUUGCCAACCAUUCAUCCAUCCAAACCAUCUGUCCCAAGGGUCGAUGACUCCUGAAUUUUUCUUUAGCUCGUCUGCGAGACUAUCUAGCUUCUCUAUGGCCAUAGUCACCUUACCAUUGGGCCCAGUGUUGUCUGGAAUGUAUGUGCAGCAUGUCAUGGUCUCAGGGAGGAUUUUACAUACACCCCCUUUCUCAGCUAAAAUCAUAUCUAGGGCCAUUCUGUUCUGAAAUGUCAUUUGGGUAGUGGCUUGUAAUUACUCUGCCAGGCCCUGUAGGGCAUCCCUAGUGUAGUUGACAAAGCGCUGUUGAUUAUAGUAAAUGUAGUUAAUCCAAUUGACAUUUUUGUUAGCAGUUAUCAUUGGAAUUAGGGACUCAAAUCCUGCAGCCACUUCAUCUCUUGCUUUGAAUUCGUUAGGCACCCCCCUUGGCACACCUAUGGCAUCAAUAUACACAUGGGGGUCGAAACUCCCUCGAAUAGGAGUCUCUCGUUUGGUUCUAGAGUGUACAUGUGUGAGGUUUAACGUGUUAUGGUCACCAUCUGGAAUGAUAUGGAUAGGCAUUAUGACUUUGGUUAGGGCACACUCCCCCCACCAUUGCCCAAUUAAUUGGGACCUCAAUUGUUUAUCCCCACAUAACCAAUAGAUGUCGCCGAUUGUCUUUGUGUGGUUCAUUAGCAGUGAUACGGGUGGAUUAUGGUAAGUUGAGCAAUAUCCUGAUGGGAAUUUGCCCAGAUACAAACCGGUGUUUUUAGAUAUUGUAUAACAUGUGUAAUUACCUGGGUAGAUGGUGACUCCAUCAGGUGGUUUUACAUGUCCGUGAGUGAUCGGGUAAAUUCUCUUCCACGAUUCACAUGUCGAAGAAUUGGUGACGGACUGUGUGUAAAGGCUCAGGACACAUGAUUCUACUUCAGGAGGUAAAUUCAGAGGAACUGUGCCCAGAUGGGGCCUGGCUCCCCCACACACGUAACAAUUGGUCUUAUUGUGUGAGUUGGCAUUAUACCUCAUCCAUUCUAGCCAUAAAUUAGUGUCUGAAAAACCAGUUUCCACUGCCAUAGUGUCUUCAAAGGUGGGGUUGGCUAUAGCUACCAUGUCAUGUAGGGUCUUAAUAUGUGGUUUUAACGGGUUAACGAUCAUGUGAGUGGUCCCCACCCAGUCGGGGGAGGUGAGCAUGUCUUGCAGGUAGAAUGUCCCCAGUGCAUUGUGUGAGCCACCUCCCUUCCAGUACAUCCCCAUCACAUAUUCCCCCGCGUCCCUUGGACUAGGGUGUUCUAUAUUCAAGGUAAGUUUAAUGGGAGUUGACCCUGUGGGUUUACUAAGAGUCAUUCUAGAAAGUAGGGGCUUCCCGUCUUUGUCAAGUCUGUCUAGUGCAACCUGAGGUCUGUAGCCCCAUGGUCUACCUGUAUUCCACCCGGCAGCUUUCCAUGAACUACAGUGGUGUCCCCAAGCUCCUCCAGUCACACAAAUGUAUGGGUCCUUUUUGUCAGGUAUGUCCUUGUAUAUGGCUGCAUGUUGUGUCUGUGGGAAUGUACAGGUAACUAUGUCACAGUAAUCAAAGGUGUAUGUAGCUACAUCAGUAUCAGAAGAAUUGUACCAGAAAGUGUAAACAUGAUUAUCUUUGGUUAUGGCCACUUGUUGGGCCCAGGCAAAAUGCAACAAUACAAGAAAACACAAGACACAUAAUAAAUUCAUGUUUCAACAAGAUCAGCUUCUCCUGGAGCAGGCACUUUUUUGCAAUGUGAAGCGUGUAUCCAGGAACUUUUUCCAGCUAGCUUAACUGACGUUGCUGUAAUCAGGAGCACUUGAUAAGGACCAUCAAAUCUCGGUUCUAGGGUGUGUUUCCUGAGAAACUUCUUAACCAUAACCCAAUCACCUGGAAGCAGCUUGUGUGUACCUGUAUUCGACUCAGGAUCUGGAAUAGAAGAAAACACUUGGGCAUGUAUCUUGGUCAAGGCAUGUGAAAGGGCAGUCACAUAGUCUACCAUAGCGUCUGACUGAAUCUGAAGCUGUUGGGGAAAGUAGCAACCUAACCUGGGUGCUGUACCAAACAAAAUCUCAUAAGGUGACAAACUGUAUUUUCCUCUGGGAGUGUACCUUACACUGAAUAACGCUAGUGGAAGACUCUCGGGCCAGGGCAUGUUAGUUUCUUGUGACAUUUUAAGCAUUCUGGCUUUCAAAGUGCCAUUCAUGCGCUCUACCUUACCACUACUCUGUGGGUGAUAUGGUGUGUGGAAUGCAAGGGUCACCCCCAGUGCUGACCAGACUUCCCGUGUUAGCGAGGCAGUGAAGGAGGUCCCUUGGUCACUUUCAAUUACUUCUGGAACCCCAUAGCGGCAAACAAUUUCUGUCAAGAGAUAUUUGGCUGUAGUCCUCGCGGUGAGAUUAGUCACUGGGAAGGCCUCUGGCCAUCCUGAAAACAUGUCCACUAUGACCAAUGCAUAUUCAUAACGUCCACUCUUUGGCAUCUGAAUGUGAUCAAUCUGGAUCCUCUGGAAGGGAUAUUGCGGCUUGGCUAGGUGAUUAGGUGCAGUCUUUAUAAUCUUUCCAGGAUUGCAUUUAGCACAUAUAGUACAUGACUUACAGUAAUGCUGUGUUAAGGUGGUGAUGCCUGGUGCUUCGAAAUAUUUGUCAAUCAGUGAAUUCAUCAGGAGUUUUGACAGAUGAGCUGGUCCAUGGGCCCAUUGGACCACCGCUGGGUACAUACUUCUGGGUAGGCAGAACUUGAGAUUAAUGGUGUAAACAUCAUCACGGAGUAUAGCUCCCUUGUUCUUCCAACCUUGUUUCUCUUGGGGAGUAGCAGCAGCUUGUUGUUCCUUCAGAAGCCUGAGGUCUGUAGGCAAUGUUUGCAUAGUAUAGAUAGGCAGUGUAUCUGUGGCCACUCUUCUGUCCACUUCCCAUCUUUGCCGUGCUGCUUCUUUAGCUGCUUGAUCAGCCAGGUGAUUGCCACGUGCUUCUUCUGUGUCUAGUCUUCCAUGGGCUUUUACCUUCAGUACUGCCACCUCAGCUGGAAGUUCCAAUGCGUCCAUCAGCUCUGCAAUGGCUGUCCCAUGCUUUACUGGGGUACCAGUGGCCGUAAGAAAUCCUCUGGUCUUCCAAAUUAAGCCAAAAUCAUGUGCUACUCCCAGGGCAUAUCUUGAAUCCGUGUAAAUGUUGGCACGCAACCCUUCAGACAGUUUGCAAGCCACAGUUAGAGCUGUCAAUUCAGCUUCUUGAGCAGACUUAUUUGGUUGCAGGGCAGCUGCUUGUAACACUUGACAUUCUGUAGUAACUGCAUACCCAGUGUGAUAUUGCCCUUGUUCAUCAGCAAAUCUUGACCCAUCCACAAAUAAUGUUUGGUCCGGGUUGAGUAGUGCAGCUUCGUAGACAGUUGGUAGAUGUGUAGUUUCCAUUUUCAUUUGUUCAAAGCAAUCAUGAGGGAUAUCGAGGUCACAGUCUGUGGUAAGUGGACCCUCACAGGCUUCUGUAUGGUACCUGGGGUACCCAGUUGUACAGCAAUUAAUAGUCUUUUUGUUGAUUCUCGUAGAAGUCAGUUGUUCUGGGGUCAUUUGACUCCAGGUUUUGGCCAUCGGGCCUAGGUCUUUCCACGAGAUGUCGGGGGGUCUGGUGAGAGAUAUGUGUGGGAUCGAUGUUUCCCAAUGGUGAUAGAGAUGUGUCACACUCUCUGGGAGGUGGACCAAGAUAAGCAUGGUACCUGUGAGGUCCCAAAACAAGUCAGUCAGGGUAAUUUGGAUUUCUUUGAGUUGGAAUACUUCUGCCUCGUAAUUCAUAUCAGGGCCUGGUUCAUCCCUAAUCCACAAAGUGCAGUGAAGUAGGGCCAUUGAUUGUUCAUCAUGUGGAGGUGCAAAUGUAGGUAGUUGCAGAUUUGUUAGAACUUCCGGGUUGAUAUCAAGGCUGUACCAGUGGUACACAAUCCCCCCCUUGGGAAGUGGCAGAAGAGUGGCCGGGUUCAGGGUUAGGCAUCUCUGAAGUUUUAUGUUAUCAGGUAAAAGCAAUGAGGUUUGCAGGCGGAGGUGGCGUUGGGAGGAAAGGUGCUUGGGUUGAACUUGUUGCAGGAUAGCAGUAAUGUCAUGGGGGGCCAACACGGUAAGGUGAUGGCCAAGCACAAAGUCAUUAGUCUUGUCCAGGAGGGCACUGGCGGCAAACACAGCACGGAGGCAAGAGGGGCUGCCCCUUGCAACAGGGUCAAGCAUACAGGAAAAAUAGCCAAUGGGCCGUUGUCUGGACCCAUGUUUCUGAGUAAGGACUCCGGAAGCAUGUCCUGAUCUCUCAGAGACAAACAAAUUGAAAGAGAGUUGGUAGUUGGGUAGGCCCAAGGCAGGUGCAGAAGCAAUAGCUCGUUUCAGAGUAUGGAAACAGUUAAUAGUUUCUUCAGUGAGGUGAAAAGGUUCACUCCGGAGUGCAUCAUAGAGAGGCUGCAUGAGUUUGGAUGCCUCAGGUAUCCAGGACCUGCAGUAUGUGAUGAGACCCAAGAAAGCAUGAAGAGAGUGGUGGGUUGCAGGUAAUGGGAGUUGAAGGAUAGCUUGCACCCGUUGAGAGGUUAGGUGUUUGGUGCCAUGGGAAAUGCAAUGUCCCAAGAAGACCACAGAGGGCCGGCACCAUUGCAGCUUUGAUUUUGAGGCCUUGCACCCUGCAGUAGCGAGGAAACAUAGAAGAUCUUCUGAGUCACGUUCUGCAAUAAACAAAUUAGGAGCACAGAGAAGGAGGUCAUCAACAUAUUGAAGUAGAACAACAUCCAGGUGAGAUUUCUGCCAGGGAUCCAAAACCAGAGACAUGGCAUGAGCAAACUGUGUGGGAGAAUUCUGAGCUCCCUGAGGCAUGACAGUCCAGGUAUAUUGUUGUCCUUCAUGUGUGAAGGCAAAGAGAAAACGGCAGGAAGGGUCAAGGGGAACACUGAAAAAGGCAUUAGCUAGAUCCACAACAGUAAAAACAGUUGAAUUUGGUGGCACUUGGGACAAAAGGGUGUGGGGGUUUGGAACAAUAGCAGUGUCUUUAAUGGUUACAUCAUUAACGGCACGGAGGUCCUGUACCAUGCGGUACUGGUCGGGUUGGCCCUUAAUAGUUCGUUUUUUAACAGGGAAGAGUGGGGUGUUGCAUGGAGACGUACACUUGGUGAGGGCACCUUUGGCAAGCAGAGACUCAACUUGUUUGGUGAUAGCAUCAGCUUGUGCUGGCUUUAGAGGAUACUGAGGUCGACGAGGAGGAAGUGCUCCAGGCAGGAGCUGGACCAAGACGGGGGGUACAUGUAAGCGUCCAAUAUCAUCCGGGCCAGUGGACCAAAGUUCUUGGGGGAUACGAUCCAGAGCACUGGGGGUGUGUGUGACCCGUGCAUUCCCUGUAUUGUCUGUUAGGUUCAACAGGAUGGGGAGUGAGCAGAGCACAGAAGUAUCUUUUUGUGAUAAGGGGGUUGUUAACUCAACUUGUCCAUCUGCAGUAAAGGUUAUGGAAGCCUGGAGCCGGGAGAGGACAUCAGCGCCUAGGAGGUUAAUGGGGCAAGUGGAAGAAACAACAAAAUGGGACAGGAUGUGUGAACCUACAUGUAAGAGCUUGGUAAGGGGGUUACUGCGUGGUGUACCAUCCACCCCAACACAGGAUACAUCAGUGUCAGACAGGAAGGAAGGAUCUGGCAGGUCUUGUUCCCUAAGGACACUACGGGCUGCACCUGUGUCAACUAAAAAAGUGGUUGGGUGACCCUCCACGGGGAGAACUACAGUAGCCAAGGGUCCUCCCCCAUCCCCUGUAGACACUGCCAUAGCAGGGGUUGCUGACACAGGCUUGCCAGUUACCUAUUGCAAUAGAUCAAGGUGGGCCUGAUCUGGUCCCUGGUACCGGCGGGAGGGGGAGGGAGGGUUGACAGAAUGCAUGGGUGGGCGGGAUGGACGGAGGGCAUGGCGGGGAUGAGGUUGGUUGUCUUGGAAGUCAUCAGUAUCAUACCCUUCAGUGGAGGGUGAAGUGUAUGCACGGGCCUCUGCUGCAGGGAGCCGGGCUUGGGAGUACUCAGGAGGCAGGGGAGGGGGAGGAGGAGGAGGUAGCUGAGGCAGCUGUGGAUGGGGUAGGGCAGGGAGAUAACCAGUGGAGGGGAAGUUAUAGCUGGUGACAUGGGGGUUUUGGUACCUGAGGGUCUGUUGGCGGAGCACUCUAGGGUGUGGGCAAUCUCUCCUAAAGUGACCUGGCUGAUUACAAUUAAAGCAGGUCCGGAUUGACGUGACAGUCCGGUCACGGGAGAAAGGAAUUGGUGCAGGCAGUGUCGGGGGGGGCUGGGUGAACUGUUGGGGGAGCAUCUGAGAGCCCUGGGUUGGACCUGCGAUUGGGGUGGAGGUAGCAUACAUCAGUGGACUAGUUCUACGCUGUGUAGGAAGCAUAACAGACUCUAAGCCUUUGGCUACCAACAAGAGAGUGUCCAGUGGAAUAAUUCUAUACUCAGGUCGGGCUAAAACUAAACCCUUACGAAUAUUUUCCCUAAGCCCUGCCACAAAAGCUGCAGAUAGCAUCUGGGUGUGUGCUUUGUUGUAAGUACUAAACCCUAAGUCAGAAAAAGUCUGAGUCAACCUAGAGUGGUACUUUUCAACUGUCUCAAGUUUGUCCUGUAGGAUAUCAUUGAUGCAAGUAGCCUGAUCUGCUAGUUUAUCCUGUGCCCAGGCACGAAGCUGUUCACAAAAAAUUUCACCAGAACGAAAGUCAGUAUCAGAAGUAAGUGGAGCAUCAUUAAAGCUCCGUUCCAUGAUUGGCCAGUAUGCAUCACCAGCCUUUAUUUCACAUAGACUAAUGAGAUCCCGCCAAGCAGCGGAGUAUGUUUUACGGACCUGAGCCAUCCUACGGAAAAAGGGCAUGGGGUGUUUUUCAGGAUCAGGGAGUGAGGUCACAAGGGUAGCAGCUUGGGAAGGGUUAAAGGUAACAUACAUAGGCGGUGCACCAUCCGCACCAUGGUUGAUCGGGUUAUAUCCCUGAGGGAUAGUUUGCUGUUGGGGGAGCCUAUUCACCCCCAGGUGGGGUGAAUUCUGGUCAACCACAACUACCUCUUCGGGCAGCACUGGGCCACGGCGGAGAGUAGUCUCAGGAGUAGCUGUAGCGGGGACAACAGGGAGGGCGGUGAUAGGUGAGGUAGCUGGGUGGAAACCCGAGGCCUGGGGGGAGGCACCCAUCGCAUAGGGCUGGUCAGAUGUCCCAGACACCUCGGAUCCAACCACCAUGAUUGGGUAACUAGGACUGGCGGAAGGGACACGAGGGACCAAAGCUGUGGAAGGGGCUGUCACGGGGGCCGAUUGGGUUGGGCGUGAAAGGUGGGUGUUUAGGACAUUUGCAAGGGCGGAGAUUGGAUCGGAGGGCUCGGGGAUAUCGGCAGGAGACAAGGGUGGGGUUGGAGGCUCGGGGGGAGGGGGAGGAGGAAGAGGAGGUACGUCAAUGGGAGGUGGCACGGGGAUCGCGGAAUUAACCAGGGAAGUAACCGCAGUGAAGAGGGCGGAUAUUGAACCAGGCAGGUCAUCGGUCGUGGGUGUGUCAGAGUUCACGGGGGGAGGGGUCAGAGGGACGGGGUCAAGGGGCUGUAGUACGGUCGGGGGAGCAGGGAUACUGGGGGGAGAUGACACGGGAGAAGGGGCUGGGAGGGUGGCAACGGGGGGUUGGGUUAGCGCAGUGAGGGCGGAGAUCAGGGACGGCAAAUCGGCCGCGGGAGUGGGAGGCAAUGAGGUAGAGGGGGCCGGGGUUUCAGGAGGAGGAGACACUGGAGGAGGAGCUGGAGGGGUGACGGCAUAGAGUUGGGUUAGGGCGGUGAGGGCGGAGAUCAGGGACGGCAAAUCGGCCGCGGGAGUGGGAGGCAAUGAGGUAGAGGGGGCCGGGGUUUCAGGAGGAGGAAACACUGGAGGAGGAGCAGUAGGCGGGACCUUGAGGAUGGGAGGGGAAUCCGUGGGUAAGGGGGCGGAGGCAAGGGAACUGGGACUAGCGGGCUGGACAAGAUUCAUGAGAGUGGAGACUAGGGGCGGGGGAUCCUUGGAAAUGGAGGAGGAGGAAAGGGGAUGAGAAGGAAUGGGGGAAGAUGGGGAUACAGGGGUAGGGGUCACGGGGAUUCCUGAGGAUACUGGAGAAGGGAAGGCAACCGGGGGCCGGGGGUCCGGGGAGACGGGGUCAGUUGAGUGGGUAGGAGCGGAGGGCGCAGGAUGCAGGAUGGAUGAAGAGGGUGAGGGAACGGGGUUUACCAGCGACGGGGUACUCAGGGGGGAGAGGGAUUGAGAGGAGGAGGAGGAUGGGACAUCGAUAGUUGAGACGGGAAUAGUCGGGGGAAUACUCGGAGUAAGGACAGGCCCUGGGAAAGGUAACAGGGGGCAUGGAGGUGGGGAAGCUCCGACGGGCAAAACAGGAUGAUGGCUGAAAGGGGGGGAUUGGUCACAGGGGGGUUGGUGCAUGGGAGUGGGUGGGAACGAGUGGUGUGGCACUGGGAAAUAGUAAGCUCCAUCUACACCGAGCACGGGACAAAGGGGGGUGGGGACUGGAGAUACAUCCCCGGGGGGUGGGGUCUGUGCUGUGACGGGGGAAGCAGGGCGGGAGGUUACUGUUGCGCUCUGGGCGCCAUCAUAGGGUGGUGGCCGUGGAACAAUAGAAGUGACAUUAUCAUUGAGAACAUUCCUAUGGUAAACAUGUACAAUCUGCCCCUCAAACUCCAACUCUUCCUCGACCCAACCUUCCCGUUUCAGACCUCUAGCUACACGAUACCAAGCCUCUGCAACCUUUGUGAGUCCGUUGUCCAACAGUAAACCUUCCUUGUCUAUGAGUAGCUUUCGCCAAAACUCUGGCUGCAAUCUCCCACUGGGCAACAUCUGGAAGCCACACACCUUAGCAAUCUUUUUAAGUUUCAUCAUUGCAUCCUCCCCUGCUCUUUCUUUCACAAUAUCGCAAGCCAACAAGCCCUUAGCAGGUCUAGCAUGUUCCUGCCCCAUCUUGACUAAUCAAAGCGUGCCACUUGUUAAGGACAGGUGAAUAGAGGAGGUAUAAAGGAGGAGGGGAAAAAAGAGUGUCUACAGUGCUCGACUGCCACGAGAACUUGAGCCCCGUGCGUCUUCCCCAAACGUAGACUAGUCACGGAGAUCCGCCCACCCGGGGUGGUGGUCACGGACGGGAGCGAAUGAGCGUGGGUGACUAACACAGCUCUGGGCAACAGGCACAGGAGAGAUAAAGCACAAAAGAAAAGAUGAACGUGGCUGCACUAAUGAGAAGACAUUUGCAAAAAUCACAAACAUAUAAAUGAGCAUAAACUCCGGAGUCCAGAACUAACCACACAAUACACACACACACACCAAGGGUACCCACGCUGUAACAACAAUUGAACAAAAACCACAGAAUGACAGAGAGUAAAAUGGCCAUGUACAUAUUAAUGACACCGGUGCCAAAUAAUCGAAGUAUAGUAAUCCUCAGCCUCCACCCACCAGGCUGGUCCCGGUAUACCCCCAGGUAUUAAUGGGAGCACAGUAAUGAACAACCAAAAUCCCAGCCCCACCGGCUGUAAAAUCCCAGCCCUACCAGCUGUAAAAUCCCAGCCCCUCCGGCUGUAAAGUCCCAGCCCCACCGGCUGUAAAAUCCCAGCCCCUCCGACUGUAAAAUCCCAGCCCCACCGGCUGUAAAAUCCCAGCCCCACCGGCUGUAAAAUCCCAGCCCCUCCGGCUGUAAAGUCCCAGCCCCACCGGCUGUAAAAUCCCAGCCCCUCCGGCUGUAAAAUCCCAGCCCCACCGGCUGUAAUGCGUCCCCUGCCCGCUAGGCAGUCAAGCUAACUUAAAAGAAGUAUGAGAAACACGCACACACACACACACAAACGAAUACAGGAGGCAGAUAGACAAUUGACAGGUUCACCUAAAAAAAGGCACACCGGAUGAGUUAAUUACCUGUCUCUAGUAGCCUUCUGGAAGCCGGAAGUGGACUCGGAGGCAGACCGACACAAAACAGGAGAAUAACACAGGCAACGGCUGUAUUAUGGAGGUGAUCAGGCUCCGCUUGUCCCACUUUCCAGAGGUCCGCUCCGGUCCGUUGUUUCCGGCCCUCCGAACCGGCCCUCCGGUGGCCCCACGUUGGGCGCCAAUUGAAAUGGAAAAAUCAAUUAAAAGUAUUGAUUAUUUCUUUGUGUAUCUGCCCCUGGCCAAAUCAAUGAAACAAUGCGUGCACGCUCCCUGAAGUAAUUCACACCAGACACAGGUUCCAGGUUGUUGAAUAACUUGAGGAAUGUUUAUUCAGAGGGGACGGCAGGUCCCUUUUAAAGCAAAAUUACAUCAUAAGCAUUGUCAGAGAUAACAUGGAAUAAUACAUCAAUAAUUGGUUAGGUGUUAAGUGUUUGCUUCAAUGCUCUGCCUACUGUAGGUGAUGUCACCGGGGCCAUGAGGGUCUCCCACGGUUUCCCGGCGCCAUCUUGGUGCACGAGGUAGUUAGUCAAUGUUAGGAAGAAGAAAGGGAGGGGAGGGGGAAGGAGCUAGAAGCUUCUAGCAGCCAUCUUGAUUAUAACAUGUGUGCUUAGAUAUAUAUAUAUAUCGUGAAAUGAGUAAAUAGACAUUUUUCACUAACUAGGAAAUAUGUGUAGACCUUAUUUCCACAACAGACUGAAUUAAAAUGGCCACCGCCAUGUGUUCGUAUGUCGAAUGGUGGCCACUUCUACUACUUCGGCACUUCGGCUGCAUCCGAAGUGCCACUUCAAAAGUGCAGAACUGUACCAGUACCACUUAAAGAGGCAGAAACAGUGCUCCAAAAUACAAUAGGCACAAAUAGAGUUUUUAAAGGGCAAUACACCCCAGGGUCCAUAGUCACAGGGCAAGAGGCUGGCAAGAAGGCCUCUCCAAAAGCCAGUGGCGAAGGAUAGUUCGUCACAGAGCUGUAGUAGGGGGUUAUGGGUUAAAGUAGAGUAUGGGGGCUGUAGUGGGGACUAAAGGACUGUAGUAGGGUGUAGGGUCUGUAGUAGGGGGUUAGGGGCUGUAGUAGGGUGUAGGGGCUGCAAUUGGGGGUUAGGGGCUGUAGUAGUAGGCUAAGUGCUGUAGUCUAAGUUGUCUAAGGAGGGAUGCUAUGUUUAACUUGCUAUGUCUUUCAGAUUUCCUUACAAAAGAGUUGAUAUACACGAUACUCUAUGGGCAUUCCAUUGUAUCAUUCACCUGUCAUUCCAUAGAAAAGAGCUAUAAUCCCAGUUUCCGUUAAUGUUACAAUCCGCUGCUGUACUUGGGGAACACCUGUGGCAAAGUUUAAUUUGCUAUGUAUCCUCUACUUUCGUUUUUGAUUUGCCAAUAUUUUGUUUGUUAGUGCGUUUGGUUUAUUUAAUGAGGGCGGCUUGUGUCAUCUCACUAGUGCGCACUCAUUUCUAUGCUCCUACUAAUCUUUCGUAUACGCUUUGGUCAUGUAGUUAGGGUGGGGGUGUGGCUAGGGGGGAGAGUUCGGGUUGUCUACCAUCUGCUUUGGUUAUCCUAAGUUGUUUGUUUGGUGUUGUUCCGCGGCUGAAUGAGUCAAUUGUUGUGGGUUUGUGACUGUUGUGUGGUUUCUGUUUGGUCUCUGUGGGGGUAUUCCUCACUGCGGUCCGUGAGGUUAGUGAAGGUUGUGGUUUGUCUUUUGUUUAUCUAGGGAGGGAGGUGUGGGUUGAGGUGAGGGAGGGGGUAGGUGAGUAUCUGGUUUACAGUCUCCUCUUUAGGGUUGUCCUCUGGAGAUCUGGUCGAGUCUAAUAAUCUUGGUGUGUGUUAGUUAUGAUUCAGUUGUGUGGUUUUGAUCAGUUAGCGUUUUGCCCUGCGGAUGGGGGUAGAUUUUGCUGGUGUUUGCCAGUUGUGUGUUAUGUCUUGUUUGUUGGGUGGGGUUUGUUUGGAUUUCAUGGUGCUGAUAGGAAAGUGUCAGGUGUGGGUCGCUUGGUUGGGUGUUUGUGUAACGAGUUUCACCUGGUGUGUAUUGAGUGGUGGAUUAGCCAGGGAUCCCAUAUUUUGUUGUGGUGGUGGGUCGUGUCGUGGAUAAGGGCCGAGAGUUUGUCCAUUUCCAUGGCAUCCUUUGUUUUGUGUAUCACGGUCUCUAUGGUGGGGGUAUUUUGGUUGCCCCAUUGUUCCGCAAUUGUGCUUCUAGUGGCUAGUGCAAUAUUUGCGAGUAAUUUGUUCUGAGACCUGAUCAGUGGGGCAUGGGGUAUCGAGAAUAACCAGAUCCAUGUGUUCAUGGGUAUGUCUGUGUGGAGGAUUUGGGAUGCGAGUUCAGCCACUUUUGUCCAAAGGUGAGAUAUGUAGGGGCACUCCCACCAUUGGUGGAUGUAAGUACCUUGGGCACCGCAGCCCUUCCAGCAUGUAUCAGUGUUGGAUCGUCCCAUCUGUUUUACUCGUAGAGGUGUUAGGUACCGUUUUGUAAGCUUGCUCUUUAUGGUUCACACAGAUUGUGAGGGACGCUGUUGCUUCCCAUAUUUUAGCCCAAUCCGAGGGGUUGUUCGGGGGGCCAAUGUCCCUUUCCCAGAGUCUAGUGUAGGAGAUGGCUUCUGUUUGGGAGGUGGAGUUCAGCUGGGUGUAUAUGGAAGAGAUUUGGCCUUUGUGUAUUGGGUUGUGCAUGCAAUCGUGUUCGAAUGGGGUCAAGUUGGUAGUCGCUGCGGCUAUGUGUCGGGGGUCCUUGAAGAAACUGCGGAUUUGUACAUAUCUAAAUUGGUCAAAGGUGGUUAGUGGGGAUUGUCUGGGUAGGACUUGAAAUUUAAGUAGCUGGUUGGCUCUAAAGAAAUGGUAGAAGCGGAAGAGUCCAUUGUCCUCGUAGUGUGCGAAGUCUCGGGGUGUCAUACCUGGGGGGAAUUGCUUGUUGCGUAGAAGUGGUGUGAGUGGCGAUGGUUUGUUGAUGAGAGGGGUUUUGCGAGUGACUCUGUCCCACACUAGGAAGGAUGUGUGUAGGGUCGGGGUCGUUUGUGGGGUGUCCGGUCUUAAUAGUUUCGGGAGCCAGAAGAGUAGUGAGGGAUGGCCACCAUCCAGUAGGUCAUGUUCCAAGUCUACCCAUAGUUUCUUGCCUGGUGGGGCAUGUAAGUGUUGUAUUUGUGUUAGUUGGGCGGCUUGAUAAUAGUUAUAUAGGUUUGGAAGACCGAGACCUCCGGAUUUGGUGGUCUGAUACAUUGUGGAUCUUUUGAUUCUGGGUCUUUUGUUGGACCAUACGAAAUUGUCAAUUUUGGUUUGAAGUAAUUUAAAGUCUUUUUGGGAUAUCGGGAUGCUAAGUGUUUGGAAAAGGUAUAGGAAUCUUGGGAGCAGGUUCAUUUUUACUGAGGCUAUCCGUCCUAGCCAUAAUAUUGGCAUAGUGUCCCAACGUUAGAGGUCUGUCUGUGCUUGUUGGAUUAGGGGUGUGUAGUUUGCUGUGUAUAAGGUAGAGAGGUGUUUGGGGAGGAGAAUGCCAAGGUAUCGGAUAUUAUCUUCUCUAUAGGUGAAUGGGUGUGUGGUUUUGAGCUGUCUCAGAGUUGUUUCUUUGAUUUCCAAUGGUAAUGCUUCGGUUUUGUCUAGGUUUAGUUUAUACCCCGAUAGGGUUGCGUAUUCGUCUAACAGUGCUAUUAGGGGUGGGAGAGAUUGUGUGGGUUUUGUGAUCGUCAAUAGUAUGUCAUCCGCAUAGGCUGCUAUUUUAUAUUCGUCUCUGUUUAUUUUGAGUCCAUAUAUCGAUGGGGAGUUUCGUAUUUUUUGCAGGAGGGGUUCUAGGGAGAGGGCGAAUAGGAGCGGUGACAACGGGCAUCCUUGUCUCGUUCCGUUGUGGAUUGUGAUUGUUGUUGGUGUCGCGUUGGGUAUUAGGAGUGUAGCCGUCGGUCGGUGGUAUAAGGAGGUCAGGGCUGUGAUGAAGGGUUCUGGGAAUCCGAACCUCUGUAAAGUGGUGAAUAGGUAGGGCCAGAGAAGGCAAUCGAAUACCUUCUCUGCGUCCAUGGAGAGGAGAAGGGUCGGGAUUUGUCUGCGUUGGGCCACCCACAUGAGGUCUAGGGUACGUCUGGUGUUGUCUCUCGCCUGUCUGGAGGGGAUGAAACCCACUUGGUCAGGGUGAAUCAAUUUAGGAAGGAAGAUUUGUACGCGGUUCGCCAGAAGUUUAGUAAAUAUUUUGGUAUCUACAUUGAGGAGGGAUAUGGGUCUGUAGUGUCCUGGGUCGAGGUGCGUCUUGUUUGGCUUUGGGAGGAGGCAUAUGUUCGAACUCAGCAUGUCGUUUGGUAGGGUGUCUCCUUGUAACUGUGAAUUGAAUAGUGUGGCUAGGUGGGGGAUGAGGAUGUCCGAGAACGUCUUGUAGUAGAGGCCCGUGAAGCCGUCUGGUCCCGGGCUCUUGUGUGGUUUGAUUGUUUUUAGUAUGUACGCUAUUUCCUCCGUCGUGACGGGGGCCGCUAUUUGUGUCUUUGCUUCGUCGGGCAGUGUAGGGAGGGGGAUAUCUUUCAGGUACGACUCUAUGUCUCUUUGAUUGGUUGUCUGUUGCUGACAUUGGCGUGCUUCUGGUUUGUGGUCGUAUAGUUUUGUAAAGUAUUUGGCAAAGAUAGAUGCUAUGUCGUCUGGGGUGUCAUAUGUCGUGCCUUUGGGUGAGUUUAUUUUGUCUAUUCGUUUUGUUUGUGUUUUGUGACGAAGUUUGCGCGCAAGGAGGGAGUCUGCUUUGUUGGAUUUGUCAUAGAAGAGUUGCUUGGUCCAUAUGAGCGCUUUUUGGGAGUCCUUGGACAUGUAUUUUUUGAUGGCUUGUUGAUGUGAUUUGAUCUGUUGGAGAAUGUCUGGGGUUGGGUCUGUUUUAUGUUGGUCUGUGAGGGUCCGUAGCUGGAGUAGGUGGUGUUUAAGUACCGCCAUUUUCAGUUUUUUUAGUCUGGUAGCCUAUUCUAUUAGUUUCCCUCUGAUAACCGUUUUGUGCGCCGCCCAUAGCAUGCCCGUUGAGGGUACUGAGUCUUUGUUGUCAAUGAAAUAGUUCCCUAGUUCGGAGCGUAUUGUCUUUCGUAUGUCUGGAUUAUGGAGUAGGGUGGGGUUUAGGCGCCAUGUCCACGUCCGGGUCGUGAGGGGGAUCUGCAGUUCGAGUGUUAUGUCCGCAUGGUCUGACCAUGCUAUAUUGCCUAUAGAGGUGUUUGUCGUCAGGGGGAGUAGGGAGAGGGAGAUUAAAAACAUAUCAAUUCUAGAGUAGGAAGAGUGUGGGUGUGAGUAGAAGGUGAAGUCCGGUGUGUCGGUAUGUUGCAGUCUCCAUACGUCUUGGAGACCUGUGUGGAGUGCAAAAUCUGCUAUUGAUUUGUCCAGUUUGGUGGGGUAUUUGGUGGAUUUUGUUUUAGCAGUCGUGGCCCGUUUACGGUCUAUAAGGGGGGACAUGACUGCGUUGUAAUCUCCCCCUAGUAUUAUGUGAUGUGAAGCAAAUAGUUUUAGGUGGGCUUUGAGGGUUGUCCAGAAAAGCGGGUCCGGUUUGUUGGGCGCGUAUAUGGUUGAGAUAGCAUAUCUGUGGUUCCCCAAGUUACCUGUUAUUGUCAGGAACCUGCCUUGUGGGUCUGCUAUUGUGUUUUUGAAGGUUAUCGGGCAAGAUUUAUGUAGUAGUAUUUCCACCCCGUUGUAUUUGCCAGUUUGGGAGUUCGCUAGGUGGCAUGUCAUGUAGUUCUUGUUUUUAAGGGGGAAGGAUCUGGUUUCUUCAAAGUGUGUUUCCUGAAGGAGGAUUAUGUCUGCCCUCGUGCGGUUCGCCCAGCGCAUCAGUUGAUGCUGUUUGGCCGGGUUAUUUAGGCCUUUACAGUUAAGUGAUAUACAUGAGAUUGUCCUAGGCAUGGUGUGUAGUGUGCGGUCUUCGGAGUAGUUGGUGGUAGACCUGCCGGUUUGGUUCUUCCUAUUCGGGGGGGGUUGGGUGGGGGUAUGGGAUAGGUCGUGGGAUGGACGGUAGGGUGGAUAGUAUGGGGUCGGGGUAAUGGGAGUGGGGGGUUGUGGUGAGAGUGUUUCCUGGUCUUACAGUUCAGUUGCCAGGUGUGUUGGAGGGUUAGUUGGUGCCUGUGUUAUGUAUGCAUUGUGCCCCUUAGGGGUUCGUCUUUGUGUGUGUGUGUGUCUGGGAGAGAGGAGGAAGGUUUUCACGUUCCCUUUACCUCUCACCGUUAGCACUGCGUGUGGUGUAUUACUCGCGGUUUCUGCAAGGUGAGAGUCUUUCAAGUCACCGUGAGUAGUCCCUUUGUAGUUGUCGUGUCUGGGUUAGAGCUGUGAGUGUUUGUUUCGGGUCGGAGGGUUGCGCUUGGGUUUGGUGGGAGUGAGAAGUUUCUGCUGUGGGGUCCAACGAGGUUGGAUCAAUCUGAGACUGGAGGCGCUUGUGCCAUAAGUUGUCACGGUAGCUUUCGUAGCUAGUUAUAACAUUAAGAGACAUUUAUAUUCAACAUAAUGAGAUGGGUAAAACAUAAAGAACAGUAUCAAACUUUUAACUUUGAGAGGCAUUAACAAUUCACUUCACAGUUCCUUUAGCCUUGUGUCUAAGUCUAUGGGUCUGCGGGUCCCUGUCCCUAAGGUCUGAAAUUGCUGUAGAGUGCUGUAAUGCGCUAUUUGUCUCCGUGUGGCAUUACCUGUAUGUGUGUAGGCUGGUCUCGGUUACCCCCCCUUGGGUGGCGGUCAGUAUUGGUUCGGUGGUCAUUGUGAGAUCGGGUCAUGGAGUUUCUGUGUGAGAGGGAGGCGUGUUUGUGUUAUUUACAUGUGUUGUCUUGGGUUAUGUGGCCCAGUGGUGUAUGAGGUCGAGGUAGCGUUGUCCCCUUAAUUUGGUUCAGGUGUUUAUGUGUCCGUGUCAUUUGUGUUCCCUCUGUGACCUAAGGGGGGUGGGUGUAUCUGUGUGUGCCCCUAUGUGUCUAAUUGGUGUCCCCUGUUGGUGUUGUUGAGUGUGUGGCUGUUGUGUUUUCCCCCUAAAGCUCAUAUUCUAUUAUACUUGCAACAGUUCAUGGUAGUCUUUAAUUUUCUACAGUUGGCGUCUUGCAGCGGUGACAGGAUUUCGAGAGCCAGGGUGGGUACGUUCGUGUGGUUGUUCCUCUGUGGGGGCCUGCGCCCUGUUCUGUUGGGGCAAAAGUGGCGGGCAUAGGCCCACUGGAGUGUGGUAGCCACGAGGGUGGGGGUGGUGUAUGUUGACCCGUAUCCUGGCUGGAGUGUUCGGUUUGGAGAUAGGUAUCUGUGUCGUUUCCUGCUUUGGGUGGAUGGUUGUCCUUGGAUUUGUUGAUGGUCGAGCAGAUGUUUGCGAUUUCAUUUGUUGGACCGUGGUGGGCCUACAGAGGAUAUCUGCUGUUCUGUUUAGUUGGACCUAAGAUUGGUAGGUCAUCGCUGGUUUCGUUUGUGAGCGUUGGGGAGUCCAGCUUGUACAUGGGUCUAUGGAGUGGAGGAUAGUGGAGGAGGCCUGGGUCCUAACUAUCAUAUUAGGUUUAUCUCCGUUGAUUAUGGGUGGCAGGUGGGGGUGAAAGUGGCCCUCACGGCAUCUGGGUGGUUGCAGGUUGAGGUAGCGUGGUUGGUGGGCCCACAAGUUGCGAGUGAGUGUGCACGGGAACUGUGGGUGCCGGGUACCGGGAGGCGCGGUGGUGGGGCUUCUGCGGGUAGGGGUGUUUCUGGGAUGGGUGGUUUACCUUGUAACAGUGGUGAACCCGUUUCGGUGUGUUGGGAUGGUGGUCAGUUCGAGGAGGUGUCCAGGUCCGCCUCCUUCUGUUGCGACGGAGUCAGUGUUUUCUUCUUUUUCAGUGGGUGUUGCGCUCGUGGUUUGUCCAUGUAUCUAUGGUCGGGCCAAUUCCGGUUCGGCAGGGCCUGUUGCACCAACUGGAUACCCAGUAACUCAGCAAAGGGCUCCAUUUCCACCGGGGAGAGAAGAGUGUGAGUUUGGUCGUCUUUUUUUACCAUCAAUUUAAAGGGGUGUCCCCAUGUAUAUUUCAUGCCCUGCCAGGGUGAGGGGUUUUAAGUCCCUUCUUUUCUUGAGUGUAGAUGGUGCAAGGUCCUGGAAAAAGGUGAGGCGGUAUUCCUGGUAUUUAGAUAUUUUGUGUCUGGCUGCCUGGAGUAGUUUUUCCUUAGCUGGGAAGUGGUGUAAUCUUGUGAUUAUGUCCCUUGGGGUAGCUGGAUUCAAGCUGGGAGGUCGUAGGGCUCGGUGUGCCCUGUCCAUUUCCAAUUCCCUCUCUGUGAGGUCUGGGGCUAGUGCUUUGAAAAUGUCUGUGAGAGUGGGAAUAAUUCGGUCUGGGGUGACCGAUUCGGGUAGGCCCCGGAUCCGUAUGCUGUUCCUUCUCGAGCAGUUAUUGAGAUCUUCGAGGUUGUCCUCCAGGUUUGCUAUUCAGCCGUGGAAAUAUGCUAUAUCUUGGGCCUGCUCGUUGGUGGUAAGUUUUGCGAUGUGAGUUUCCGCGAGGUCGGAUCUGUGGGCAAGCGCGGUGACAUCCGCUCUGAGGCCUACUAAUUGCUUAUUGAUCUCAGCCGCCACAUGUGUUUUUAUGUCUGCUGUGGCCUCAUGGAGCAUUCCUCUCAGGAUGCUUAUAGUGAGAGGUGCCGUGGGGUCCGAGCUGUGGACGUAAUCCUCCGGUUCCGAUUCCUCGUCUUCAUCCCGGCGUUGAGGAUUGAUAGGCCGUUGCGAGUUGUUUGGCGUGCGGAACAUUGAUGCCACCGAGGGGGUGAGUUCUUUCUUUUUUUUUUCUCCGCCCAUGCUAUGUGGUGUUGGGGAGGGUAAGUUGUGCCGUUCUGGUUUAUUUUCGGGGUCCGGGUACAAAGGGAAUUGCUGAUGUUAGCGGAUGGUAGUGCCUGGGAGAGAGGGAGCUCAGGGAUCAAGCAUCCAUCUUCCUUCGCGGUCAGGCUCCGCAUUAUUAUAUAACAUUAAUAAUUAGGGAGAAAUAUUAUAGAUAUGGGUUUGUACUUGCUAAAAAACAAAGCUUGAGCUUUGAAAUUCGAAAAAUUUAAUUUUUUUAUGUUAUUUUACAUUCAUCAGUAGUUAAGUAAUAUCUGUAUUUAUUAUAUGUGUGAUAUCAUCAAGUGCAUUCCUAGUUAGUUAUACCUGUUAAUAAGAAAAUGUGAUUCCAUAUUACAGGUGUCCCAGCUCUUACAAUCACAGUAUGGAUUAAAACCAGAAUUACAUUUGAUGAUACAGGGUAAGUCAAAGAGAGUGACAUUGUGUCAGUAGAUCAGAGAAGAGAUAUGACAUUAACACUGGUGAGAACUCAGUAUAGGUAAAAACAUAUGUUUAAAUCCUAUGACUACAAAACUCAUAUUAAGAGUGCUUAGACUAUUUAAAACACUGACUUCAAACCAAGACAAUAUAUUGUGCAGUUUGUUGUAUAUGUGAAGUUUAACCCCUUAAGGACCAAACUUCUGGAAUAAAAGGCAAUCAUGACAUGUCACACAUGUCACGUGUCCUUAAGGGGUUAAUCUACCAUUGACUUUGUAUAAAGCUACAUGCAUUUUCAUAAACUAUUCCCUUUAAUAAUACUCACAUUAUUGGCCUUGAUUUAAUAUUUUUUGGAUAAUAUUUUCAAAUGAUUUCAUAUUUUUGGAGAAACUUUUAAUUUUUUUUUUAAUCUAAAAAAAAUAUAUCAUAUAUUAAAAAACGAAUUAUAUGAAAAUACCAAAAUAUUUAGAUGUUUAAAAAAAAUUCAAAAAAAAUUCAUCAUUUUAAAUGUUUAUCAAAAAAUAUUAAAUAAUUUGAGCAUCUUUUCCAAAAUUAUUAAAUGGAGGCUUAUAUCAGAAACUACAAUUAACUGCUAUAUUUAUUAUCAUCGACUGAUUGGCCACAUUUCUUCUUUUCAGAUGCUGGGAUGAUUUUGAGAACAUUUAUUGGUGGAUAAUCAAGACCCCGAUACUGUUUGCAAUAUUUGUAAUUAUUAUUAUUUAUUGUGGUAGUGUAAAAAAGUUAAAUCUAAUGUCUGAUUUUUCGAGGGAAAAUCAAUAAAAAUCAUUCCAAUAUUAGAUAAAAUAAUAUACAAUAUGGUACCUGCAUUAAAACCGUAAAAAUAUGUGUUUUUUCAAGGCUCACAUCCCCCAUCAUCCCAACUGUUUUAUAGGUCAAUUUACUAAAUGGUAGUAAAACCACUUUAGCUGAGUAAGUGAGUUAAAUCCAGUAGUCAGUUUAUAGAUCUGUGAUAUUUACCAUCAACAUUUAACAAGUUUGUUUCUCAGCGUAGUCUGUUGAAUCAGCUUAGGUAAUUUCCCGAAGUUCAGACUUUGCACAGUGACACUUUAUUGCUCGUUGCAGAUGCCAAUCUUGAAAAUGCAAACAAUAAAAUAAAAAAAUGCUGGGGUCUGUGAGACCCCGAAAUAUGAUAAUAGAGGUUAAAUAGUAUUAACCCUUUCAGUACCACUGCGAAGAGCUAUGAAGAGUGUGUGUGUGUGUGUGUGUGUGUGUGUGUGUAUAUAUAUGUAUGUAUGUAUGUAUGUAUAUAGACAUACUGGGUGUAGGCCCCCACAAGUGGUGCCUUACCAUCUUCCACCCAAUGGACUGUUGUAUAGACUAUAAGACUUUAAUGGGCUGAGGGCUGGGCACCUAAUGGCCCAUAAUUUGUUUAUAGGACCAGGAAAUGCACUAUCUUUGACCAUGAAUAUUUACUGAGUUGCCACGGGGCUUCAUGCCCUCUAGCCCAGUAAAGAAAGAAAGUUCCAGGGGAUGCCCACUAUCCUGAACCAGACCCCUAAAGAACUUCAGCUUGAUGGUUUGUUUAGCCCAGUGAAGCUAAACUCAACUGGCAGCAAUUGCUCAGAGCACCUGCAUUGCAAAGACUUCUCAUUGAGCUGCAUUGGGAAGUCUGUGAUUGGACAGCCACAGAAAGUCUGGGCAGGGUUAGAAGGGGAGGGCUUGCUGAGUCUACAGACAAGAGAUCUGCAGCUAUUGUAAGCUGUUUUUAGAUACAAAAUGCAUAAUUUAAUGAGUGCAUGUUUUCAUCAGGGGUAUAUACCAUACAGUGAUUUUUAAUUUUUUAAUUUUGGCAGUAGAGUGUCCCUUUAAUGGUACCGUGGGCCACUCGAUACCCAAUCCAUUAGAAAUAUCAUUGACUGCCUACUUUGGGAGAUUUGUACUAGGGUCCCCACUCCAUUUUCUACUGAUAAAUGUAUUAAUUUACUCCUUCUGUGGUUUACCCUAGGUAGACCGCUGACCUAUAGAGCCUCUCGAAUAAUAUACCCUGGGUACAGAAUUGAAGACCUCUUUAUAUAAUUAUAAGUAUAUCUCAUCCGUGCUACACCUAAUGCUAGUAUUUUUUUUUUAUUUCAUACUCCAGCUUAACUUCAUCAUAUUUCUGAAUGUCAUAAGGAUACUAAUCCAGAAGAUCCGAUGCACAGAGAUUGGGAAAAACUACAAACAACAGUACAUGUGAGUAAUAAGUCAGUAAGAACUGAUGGUGCUUCUCCAUGCUUCCCCUUUCAGAUGCGCUCCAUUUGGCCCACGUACUGCAAGGCAGAUACAGAGUGGAGAUGCAGUUGGAAGAGGAAGCACGGAUAAGAACAGGGCUGGGGAAAUACAUCAGACUGUUCAAUAGUACUGUGCUUGUUAUGUGUGUAUAAAAGCCUAUCGACUUCCACCAAGAAACUAUGUAAGCAUCUUUAUUAUUUACCAAGCACCGUUUUAAUAACAGAGUUAAUUACUAAUGGAGAAGUGUUGCGAAUUCAAAGUGAAUUUCAAAUUUAAGUUUAUGAUAGGAAAACUGAAAACAGAAUCAAGUUGAAGAAUUUUCCAAAUUUGGCUGUUAUGACCUAAAUUUUGAAAUUCGGUUUGAGUUCACCAUGAAUUCCUGACAAUUCUCCUUUUGGUGAAUAACCCUGUGAUUUAUUUCUCAGUCACCCUGAGUUUUUAAGUUUUAAAGGAGAAAUACACUUUCUCUACAUUUAAAUAGCAGCAUAUAAGUUUUUUUUUAUUUAUUUUUUUCAUGUGGUUGUCAAUAUACCUCCAAACUGUAUGUUUCUGUAUUGGUUUUUGUGUUUUAAAAAUUAGCUGUCUUUGUGUGGUUUACGAUCCUUUGGAUCACCAGCAAUUUUGAGGUAUAGAAGUGUUUGCAAACCUUCCAACAUUGAGCGAUAAGGAUUUGUGGGCGACAGUGAGGGGGGCUUUGCCAGUGAUGUGACUCGUGUCGGUGGUGAUAAGCAUAUUGGGCGUGUCCAAUCGGAAAAGACUGGGAAAGAGGGACGGGCCCAAAAUCAGAAAUUGGGACUGUCCCAAUAAAAAAUCAGGACUGUUGGGAAAGCAAUGUUUACUGGGCUAUACAAGAUAUGGGGGCAUUUUUCACUUAAUAAUGAUUUUGUCUUAUAUUGAACUAACCGUUUUACUUUAUUCCUGACCGUUUUAUUCCUGACCGUUUUACUUUAUUUAAUUUUUUUGUUUGUUUGUGAUCCCUAUUAACUAAAUAAAUACCUAAGUAAUGUAAAAGGGUGCACCUACCCAUACUUUGUUAAUUAUAUUGCAACCAAUUCUGAGUUUGGUUAUAGACGAAGGUGUGAUUGGGAAGGUAUUGUGAAGCAAAGUGUUCUAUUGUCCAGACUAUACUGCACCAUAAACAAUGUUAAAUAGUUUUUUUAUUUUUCUGUUUUCAAACUGCGCUGACAAUCUUAGUCAGUAGGGGGCCCCAUAUAUCUCUCCUCACAAGGAUUGAAUUUAAAUGUUCCAGUAGCCAAGGAUUUAGACCUUUAAACCAACAGCUGUCUGUGUGUAACCACUUAAGUCAGUUAUGAGUCCAUUUUCUAAUCUAUACUGUAUAUCAAAUGUUCUCGCAUAGAGGCCAUGGCUGCAGGUGAGGUAAUUAAUAAUCUUGCCAAGGCUAUUUACAACAGAAAUGCUAAAACUAUAGAAACAGAAAAGUAACCGCAGCGUGCAAUAUUUGUGUUUUGAAAAUGUUUUUUAUUUCAUUUUUUUCACAUUCAUGACAAAGCAAAGCUUUGUGUUAGAUACUCCUUUCCCUUUAAAAAGGGCAGUCAGGGUACAAUGGAGGGUUGUUGUGUUUUCACUGUGUCACAUGUCUUGAGCUUAGAAAUAAUGUUGGCUCUACAUUCUAGAAUCUAGAUGUUGCAUGGGUCUUUGUGCUACAUUAAGGUUCUGAUGUCCUAAACGUGAGGUAAUUUUUGUUCAUUUUUGGAUCCGUAAGGAUCCAUUGGGGAAAAGUAUCAGGAAUAAUGUUGCAAGUAGCUGAAGUUAUCCUUUCUUAAUUUUUAUUCCAAAUUAAAUGUGCCAAUAACACCAAUGGUAACUGACCACUCAACAUUUUUGGUGGGUACUUUGAAGGCUCAUCUCCCAUUACUGACAUGCAGCGUGGGAUCCAUGAUGUCUCACUGUUCCAGGCAUCUCAACUAUGAUUGAGAGUAGAGAUGUCGCGAACUGUCCGCUGACCGGAGUUCGCCGCGAACGGUUCGUGGCGAACCGCGGCGAAACGUUCGCGAGAAGUUCGCGGACGGUUCGCGACAUCUCUAAUUGAGAGGGACAAAAUUAAUAUGGCCACCACAGACAAAUGUGAUGUUAAACAGCCUUAUUCACAUACAAUAAGUCCCAGUGUUGCACUAAGAGGGUUAAUCAAUAAAGUGAGAAUUCAAAGAGAAUUUAAAAUUCCAGGCCAAAGUAGCCAAACUGGAAGUAUGAAGUUGACUUUGAAUUUUUAGAAUUUUUCCAAAUCUGCUAUUUUAGCCUUAAAUUUGAAUUUCACUUUGAAUUUUCACUUCAGUGAAUACAUUUGUAAGAUUUUGGGGCACACCAGCAAAUGCCCUUAUUCACCAAAGUGAGAAUUCAAAGUGAAUUCAAAGAGAAUUUUAAAAUUUAGGUCAAAUAUCCAAAUUGGAAAAAAAUCUAUUUUAUUGCCAAUUUGACUAUUUUGGACUUCAAUUCAAAAUUAACUUUGAAUUCCCAUCAAUUCUCACUCUGGCGAAUAACCCUAUGUGUUCUCAGCACUUUGCCUUUACAAAACUGAGCAUAUUCAUAAUCCCUAAAAUACGUGAGAAUUUGUAAAAGAUACUGAAUGUGUUUUUUGUUUUAUUAUUGCACAGUAAACAAUUUUAAGGAGUCAAAUUACCUUUAGUUUUCAAUGUCCUUGUUCUUGAGUGAUAUACAUAGUAGUCGUAUAAUAAAAGUAGUACACGAAGAUAGACCAUUCUGUAAAAUAAUGAAUUAAUACAACAAUGUUCUGUUGUCUCCCCAGCCCCCAGCAGCUCUGUCCUGAAUUCCCACGGACUGUAACAGGCUGUUACAGUUCAAGGGAAAAUAAUAAAAGCACAUGGCCAGCAAGUUGCCGGGACUGUCCCGGGAAGGUGAUUUACCUGGGACAGACUCCAGUUUGCCAGGACUGUCUCGGCAAAAACGGGACAGUUGCCAAGUAUGCUCUGUGUUUACUGGUUGAUUCAUACAUUCACUCAUCCGUUCUUCAAAUUGAGAAAAUACUAAUUUCUUUUAUUGUCUCCCUUAGGAGAUUAGCCAAAUCUACUCUUCUUCUCAUCCCUCUCUUUGGAGUACAUUACGUAGUCUUUGCUUUUUUUCCUGAGCAUAUCGGAGUUUGGCCGAGGCUGUAUUUCGAACUUGUUUUAGGAUCCAAUCAGGUACAUUUUCAAUAUAUAUAUAUUUAUCUCACGUCACGCUGUUUUGGGAAGUCAAAACAAGAUAGACAUGUUGGCUUUAGGGAGAAUGGCUGAUAGCAUGGCUUAGGGGCUGACUAUUCACACAUAAAGUACCCCCUUAAUAUAAUGUCUGCUUGCUAGGGAUAAACAUAAGGGGACUAUCCACAACAACGUUUAAAAAUUACCAUGUGAACUGCUCAUAUAGCAGAUUUACAGUAUUCACAAUCUAGAUAAUUUGUUCUUUGUUUAAAUUGCGUGAUGUAUAGAGAAACAGGAGUUGACCCAGAUAGAUAUACAUCUCGUCUGCCUAUGGGCACAGGGUUCGCACAAAAAAAUUGCACAAAAAAGGUUCUUUGUGAAUACAUAUGCAUACAUAUAUAUAUAUAUAUAUAUAUAUAUUUAAAUGGCAUCUGUAGUAAGCGAGUAUAUUUCUGUGUUGCUGUGUGAUUGCUAAGCUCAAGGUGGAUGCAGUGUUCAUGCAAUGAGAAGUGGUAACAUUGGGGAAGAUUUACCAAGGCAGUGGAAUGUUUCUCAACAUUUACCUCCAUAGUACCAUAUUUGUCUCAUGUUUAAUUUAUCCCCCUCCACCCCCCGCUAUGUCACAUGUGUCAUGUUGUCCACGUUGAGUAUUUUCAAUGCAGCACUGUCCGCCAAUAUUCAUAUAACCACCCAACUUUGCAUAUUUGCGAUAUUCAUGUCCAUAAGACUUAUUCUCCUCUCGUAGCCAUAUACAGCCUUGUAGGUAUAUUUCUUCUCCAUGUUUGUAUAUCUCCUUGAAGUCGUAUCUUUUGGGAGCAGGUAAUUGGUGGUUUAAUGCCAAAUAAGAGAUUCAAUUUAAAGGGGUUUUUGGGACACUAUAGUCACCAAAACAACUUGAGCUUAAUGAAGCAGUUUUGGUGUAUAGAUCAUUUUGGUGUAUAAACUGCUUCAUUAAGCUAAAGUUAUUUUGGUACUACAGUAAUGGGCAUUCAUAAAAAUUGGUGUCUAAUUGGCAGAGAUAAACCCCAAUCACAUGGAUCUUAGGAUAUUUUCCCAGAAGUCUAUCGAUAAGUUGUCAUACCGAGAAUCUGAAAGGUAAGCCCACAGAUUUCGCAGUUAUUUUGACUAAGUGAUAUGAAACACUGCUUUGUAUGUACUGUAAUUGGUCGUCUAUGUUAAUGAACUGUGCAUAAUUUUACUGUUUAUUGACACUGCAGGGUUUCAUUGUGGCUUUGCUGUACUGUUUCCUGAAUGGAGAGGUGAGAACCAUAAAGACAUUCUCCCAGUGAGUAAUUCAUACUUGCUCACAUAAUAAAAACAAGCAAAAUCAUAUAACAUUCAUGUGUGUAUGUUGUCUGUGUAGAACAAGCAUUGACACUCAAUAAUCAAUUUACUAGCUAUACCAAUUAAUUUACGGGAUUUUCUUAUACAGAAGGCAUGGCAGGAAUGUAGUGCUUUGUCAAACUCCCCUUCUGUGAGCAUUCAGUCAAGAUAUCACAUCUAAGGACGUACGCUAAAAUUCCAACCGUGAUUCUAUCAGUCAGCAUUUCAUUUUGCUCUGGUGAUUGGAGCCUCAAAAUGGCUCCCCUCUCCCUCCUAGUCUUCUCUGAUUGGUCUAUUUGUUUAAAGGCCCCAAAGUGAAUCUGACGUGGCAGAUUCACUUUAACUGCAAUACCCCUGCAUUAGCAAUGCAUCACUCAGCCUAGGGAUGCUUGGCAUUUCUGAUUGCAAGGUUGCAAUAAAGCAGCUGCUUAAACUCUAUCUAGUGCUGCUAUAAUCUGGGAUUUGUGGGUGUUUUACUAUUGUAAAAUUUACGCCAGCUUCUGCCUACAUCCCGCCCUCUGCCUCAUGAUUGCCCCUUCUAAAAAAUACUUUCCCAGGUAUAUUUUAUAUAAAAGAAACACUAGAGUUAACCGUUUAGUAGAUUUACCCUUAGUGCUGAGAGUAACCCAGGUAAAAUGUAACUUUUAAUAAAUCAUUUAAAAUAUUCAAUUUUAGGUCCUUGAUCAAGGGUAUAAUUAAUAUCUACAAUAGGAGAAUAGAUUCCUACAGAAAUCUUUUUAUAAUAAUAGAUAAAUAGUCAAAAUAUGAAAAUAAAUCAAAUGUAAUGAAAAAAACUCAAAAUCAGCAAUAACUAAUAAAUAAUUGAUUAUGUGAUGGCUUUAUAAUCACACCAUUCAUUGCAAUGUGUGAAAAAAUAAUAAUAGAUAUUGGCUGAAGAUAAAGUAACAAAGGAUAGAGGUUACAUUUGUUGCAUAACCAAUUAGCCAGGAGGGGAGAGACACAACAUAGUAACAAAUCUGAUACCAGAGCUGGGAGAAAGCCCUGCAGGAAAAGUUGGAUAUAAAUGCUGCCUUCCCUACUCUGCUCUGCCUUCGAGGGCACCCCUUAAAAAAUUGCUAGUUCCCCCACUUCCUCUAAGAUGUCCUGCCUAGUAGCCUAUAAAUAGCUAAGUAGCUAUAGAGGUCUCGUCGGUCUAGUCGGCUAUAACGGUUAGUAACCAGAGUUGGAGAUAAAUAAAAUCUAAAAUCUAACAAGUGAAUAAAUAAAGUAUGGGUUGUAAUGUCAUUAGGGUAUUGGUGCAUAUCGUCCCAUAUUCCUUAGACCAACACCAUACUGUAUAACGUCCCAUAAAGAUUAACCAUUUAAUCCUAUACAGUAACUAGUCUUUACCAGACCAUCCAGUUAUCCAGAGGCUUACGCUCUACAUAUAAACCACCCAUCAAGUCAUUAUAGAGACACCCAUUUACCUUUGCAUUAAAAUAAAUUUAAUUGAAACACUUAGUUGGGUGAGGUGUACAUCGAAGGAAACCAUUAAAAAUACUUAACCAAGUUGUGCUUGAGUUAAAUAGGUGACACAUUGUUCCAUAUUGGAAUGGGUGUGAAUACCCUUCUCACACAUUGAAUCAUGGGAUGAGAAUUAAAAGAUGCCAGGGCGUUCUGCAUUUAGUAAAUGUGGCGCAAAGUAAUAGUUUAGCUAUCCUCACAACAAGGACAUUUGUGCUGAAGGAUUAAUUGCAUUUGGUUAUUGUGAUGUUGUAUUUAAUUUGUGUAAACAGUGUUUCAAAUGUAUUCCCAUACAGGUACAAACAGAGAUUCAGCGGCACUGGAGCAAGAGGCAGAGUACGUUAGAGAGCAAUGUCUUCAAUCUGGUGACCCAAGAUUUUACGGCAUAA